UCCUUAUCUCUUGGCAACAGGGACGUAUUGGGGUGGAGGUUCUGUGAAUGAGGGCUUGUCUGCUUAAAAAGACUACUGUUCAGAAUCUUGAGGCUGUGUGACUUCAGCACAGAUCCUUUCCACAGCACACUAUAGCUUCUACAGUGCGCAAGCCGAGUAAUGGAGGAAGGACUGUUCAAGUAUAUCAGGAUUGGGGAUGGAAAAAUCAGUCGUGUCAUCCGGAUCGGAACCCGCAAGAGUCAGUUGGCUCGCAUACAGACUGACAGCGUUGCAGAAAAACUUAAAGAGCUGCACCCUGACAUCAUUUUGGAAAUUGUGGCCAUGUCAACAAUUGGGGACAAAAUCCUCGACACAGCUUUAUCGAAAAUUGGGGAGAAGAGUUUGUUCACCAAAGAGUUGGAAACUGCUUUGGAGAAGAAUAUGGUGGAUCUGGUCGUCCAUUCACUGAAGGACCUUCCCACCACGCUGCCUCCAGGAUUCACAAUCGCAGCUGUGCUCAAGAGAGAGAACCCCCAUGAUGCUGUAGUACUACAUCCGAAGAAUGUAGGGAAAACGUUGGCGAUGCUUCCAGACAAAAGUGUGAUAGGCACCAGUUCACUGCGUCGUGCUGCUCAGUUGAAGAGAAGAUUCCCCCACUUGGAGUUUAAAGAUAUCCGUGGAAACUUGAACACCAGACUGAAGAAACUGGACGAGAAGGAAGACUUUGCAGCCAUCAUCCUUGCUGCAGCAGGUCUAAGGAGAAUGGGCUGGGAAAACCGAAUCAGCCAGAUUCUGGAGCCAGAGGAUUGCAUGUAUGCUGUUGGACAGGGCGCUCUGGCCGUGGAGGUUCGAGCCAAAGAUACUGACAUCCUGGAGAUGUUGUCUGUGCUGAAUGACACCGACACUGUACUGCGCUGCAUAUCCGAGAGAGCCUUCCUCAGGCACCUGGAGGGAGGGUGCAGCGUUCCCGUGGCUGUGCACACAGAGGUCAAAGACUCUCAGCUUUACUUGACAGGUGCCGUGUACAGCUUGGAUGGUUCGGAUUUUCUGAAGAACACCAUGCAGACGAGCAUCGCUCCUCGUGAGAAGUGCCAGCAGGACGUGGACGAGCAGGUCCAGCGUGUGGGGGUCACAGCCGUCAAGAUCUGCAGUGACGCUCAGGGCAGUGCCGAGCGUCUGGGGGUGGACCUGGCCAACUUGCUCCUGAGCAAAGGAGCCAAGGAGAUCCUGACCGUGGCCAGACAGCUCAAUGAUGCCAGAUAAGGCCCGCUUGAGGGGCACGCUGCUCCCUUUGGCUCAUCAUGGUGCAAUCCAGUUAGGUUGUUCAGAGCCUCCGUAGUGUUUUGCAAUUGUUCCUCCAUAAAGCACCUCACAGAGACCAUUUGUCACUAAAAGAGUGUUUUCGGAAGGGAUCCAAACUCUAUUUUGUUUGCAAGAAUACAUUAUGUGCCCCCCCCCCCCCCCCCCACUCGUUUAAACAUGGUAGUCCAAUUAAUAUUGCUUAUUUUAUUGAUUAAUAUUUGUAGAAUAAGAAUGAAAGCGAUUAAUUCGUCAAUUGUCAUCCAUCUCAGGGGGGCCGCCAUUUUGGCAGCAUCACCCUCUGCUGUCAAAAUUUCACGUUCACAACGGCUCUCACGCUUACGUUGACACGUGACACGAACCUGGAAAACAGGAAGCGGACUCUCCGUGUAUGCUGCGAUAACUAGCAUGACUACAGGGUGGUGACAUGAUGAUUUUGAUCAAAAUUGGGUUCAAAAUGGAUGAAUUAAUGUUUAAUUAUUCUUCCACAAAGGCAAUAUCAAGCAGAAUGCUGUUUAGAAUGGCGAUGCAAUCAACAUAUUCUUACAAAACACAUUUUAGGGUUUAGGACCCCUUUAAAUGAUCCAUCCAUUUUCUGUAGCGCUUUUCUUCACGAGGGUCGCAGGCGUGCUGGAGCCGAUCCCAUGGGAGAUUAAUCGAAGACACUUAAUUGUCCGUAGGUGUGAAUGUGUGUACGAAUGGUUGUUUGUCUAUUUGGCUGGCGACCAGUUCAGGGUGUACCCCGUCUCUCGGCAGAAGUCAGAUGAGAGAGGCUACAGCACGCCCGCGACCCUAGUGAGGAUAAGCGCUUCAGCGAAAGGAUGGAUGGUCUUAAAUGGAAUCGUCAUCCAUCAAAAUGGCCUUCAAACUGUCUUCAAAAGCUUCUCCGAACCUGCCGACAGACUAGUAGAUUGAUAAAUAUUUGAAGGCUUGCACCACGUUUUGUAGGUUUGAGCGAUUUUUACUUUAGUUUGAUGUUCUAGCUGUGAGUAAUUAUUAACUUGAAACUCAUUUCACCUGUAACUAACUUUUAAGUAUUUAAGAAGUUGCAGUCAUGUUGCCUUGCAAGAUGCUGUCCUCAACAACGUAAAAAUGUAUUUUGCAUUUACCUUCUGUUGCCAGUGGUUGUCUGAAAGUAGUCUUUCCCCAAGCCACCUACCUGCAACACCCCAACAGAGUGACGUACUCACCCACAUGCGUAAAAAACCCCAAAAUAUCAUAACAAAGCAGAUUACAGCCAAUAAACAAGCACCUGCAAAUGACGAAAACAGAACGUCAGGGACAAGAUGUUCAAAAGCAAUCUGAUCAGAUUUUGGCUAAUGGAUCGGAUCGAUUCGUGAAAAUGGGUUGUUCAAAACGGAAAUCGCAUUUGAUCCAAAAGCGAAAUGAGGAUUAUUAUGAUCCCAGCAGUUAGGUGGAUUCGGGCGUUGAGGAAUGCAAAGCGUCUCGUCAGAACUCCAUUUAAACACUCAAAAGCACAUCCUGGCUUUUAAUCUUUCCAGGUUGAAAUUUUAAGUUUGGAAAUGAAGCACACGGAAUGUGUAUUUGCUGCUGCUUCUUUUUUUCGUGGAGUGAUAUUGAAAACGGGGUUCUGUAUUUGUCUUUUCUGUGCUGUUUGUUUCUUUAAAUAAAAGAAAAGGUGGGAAAA